GUCGGCAUCACACAUCUCCGCCUGUCGCAAUGGCGAAGAAAGCAAAGUCCCGUACCAUUAUGGUGCGCCUGAUAUCCAUGGCCAUGACGGGCUACUACCGGACCAUGCAAAGACCGCGUGCGCACCAACCGCUGAGCAUGCUCAAAUACGACCCAAUCGGUACGACACCAUCGCUCUUUCAUUUCUUCGAACAUCGUGCCUGCCUCAUGUACAAAAUCUCGCUAGGAGCCGGGCACGCGCAACUGAGGAAGAGAGUGGACUUUUUUUUACAUGAAGGGAGACGCAUGGAGACACAGGAACACGGCUGACAAUGCACAGUGCGGAAACAAGUACUCUUCCUCGAGGCGAAACGCGGC